GUGUGCAACAACGGCACUUCGGCGGAACUCACCUGCGGACCCGACCUGCUCACCUGCACCGAAUUGACGGACAUCCUCACCAUGGUCGCCUUCCCCGCUCCGCAUUACAUACGCUUGCGAGUGGACGGGACGCAACUUCAGUGCAAGAUCGAGGCUGAGCUGUGGGGGGCGGCGCUAACCUUCGAGGAAGUUCACCUGGUCAACAACCACUUCGACAUGGUUGACAAUAAAGCCUUCCUUCCCUUCAAGACCACCCUUAAGGUGCUCAACCUCCAAAGGAACGCCCUACACAACGUCAACUUCCCGACCAUGAGCGACCAGCCGUUCCUGGAGACGGUGCUGCUCAGUGACAACGAGAUCAACUUCAUGCCCGGCUACUCGGCCAUGGAGCUGGCCGGCCUGCGCGAACUCAGGGUCGACAGGAAUAAACUCUGCCAACUGCAGCCCUACACAUUUGCUAGUCUGCCCCGCCUGGAGUUGCUGGAUCUGUCCCACAACGCGAUUCCCGACCUGAAGGAGGAGGUCCUGCGGAUCCCCGGACACGCGGCCUCUCGCCUCUUCGUCAACCUCUCCUGCAACGCCAUCGCCGUCAUCGAAAAGAACGCCUUCUCCGGCGUGCAGAGCGCGUCGCUAGACCUCCGCCACAACGCCCUCGUGACGCUGUCUGAGCUCGUCCUGAGACCAAUGAUCGAGGAGACUCACGGCGCCCUCCACAUCGGUGUCAAUGGAAAUCCUCUGAUUUGUGACUCAAACCUUUGCUGGAUCGUGAAGAACCAGACCGUGGCGAGUUGCUUCGACAACUUCCUUUGCCCGAACCUGAACAAAUACCUGAAUGACAUCAAGGACGAAGACUUAGGUGGCUGUCCAAGCAGUGGGUGAUCAGCUAGAGUGAUCGCUCAACCCUCAUCGUAAAUUUGGACGUCUCUUUCUCUCUGCUUUCACUUUACUUUUGUUUGUUUCUACCUCUAUGUAUGGAGUCUCUCUCUCUUUAUGAGUCCUCCUUUCUCUUUAUUUAUGUUUCUCUUUCUCUGUCUGAGUCGCUUUCUCUCUUUCCUUCAUUUUUAUUUCGAUAUUAUCGAAAUGCAAUAGCUAAGUAGUCGUAAAAUAACCAUUUGUAUACUAUUAUAGUGUAGGAUAAUCAUAUCACAGAUCUGAAUGAAACUUUGAUAUGAGUUUGUCCUGAUUCUGUUGCGCGAUAAGAAUAUUCUUUGUUACGUUGUUCGAUGUGAUUUAGCUAUAGAGCAAUGGUUCCCAAAGUGGGCGGUGCCGCCGCCCAGGGGGCAGCGGGACGAAAGGGGGCGGUAGAGGGCGACAGGAUAUUAGUAGAUAAUAACGUGAUAAUACUUAAUUGGUUCAGUAAAUUAGGCUUUACUCUUGAAAUACAUCUGUUUAAUCUUCUUGUUUUCAACUUAAAGCAUACGUGUAUGCACAAGGAAUCCACCUGGAAGCCAAAGGGGUGCAGCCUGGAACAGUUUGGGAACCACUGCUAUAGAGGGAAUCAUGUAUAAUGCAUUUUAGGUAUAUAUUCGUAAUAAAAGGAAUUUUAAGCAGUAAGUUAUUUCACUUUUUAAAACAUUUUUUGUUUGUUUUAUCUAAAUAAAGUUGAAAAUC